GUGUUGACUUAACAACGCCGAUAAGGCGCGCUCCUUAUCGUACGGUUCGGUGCUGCACCCCAUCGUUCGCAAGAAACGCCGACGAUGAAGCGGACCGGUAUUUAUCCCAACUCCGGAAGUCUAGCCGACGCAAGACCCGGCACACUUGUCCCCGGUCAUGCGGUUGCCGCCAUCACGGGACUGAGGUUCCGCCGACUGCGCAGAAUGUCCAGCAAUGUUGACGAAGUGGAGCUCGAAAAGACUGCGUCCUCCCCCGGGCCAGUGGGGAGCUCGGAGGACGAGGACGAGGCUUCAGACUCCCUGGGCGCGCUCUCUCGGCCCGUGAGGCCCCUGCCGCUCAAGGACGGCUACCUGCACGUGCUCUCCGGGGAUCGGCUCUGGUUCAGGCUGUACGUGACGCUGCAGCCGAGUCACCUGGAAGCCUUCUACGAGGUGAGCGACAAGCAGCCCGUCAUCUCGAUCGGCCUCGCCGGCUGUGAGGUGCUCUCGGCGGGCCCCGUGCGGGGCUCGGCACCUGGCGAAGAAUGCUUCCCAAUCCAGCUCGUCAAGCAGGAUAUUCCGCCGGUAUGCUUCGCUGCGGAAACGGAGCACGACCAGCAGUCGUGGACCGAGGCUCUGCGCACCAGGGCCCAGGCGUGCUCGCUGGACAUCCAGGGGCUCAACCUCGAAGGAUGCGCCAACUUGGCCGCAGGCAUCCGCGAGGUCAGCAAGAGAGACGAGAACGUGCUGGCGCAGACCCUGGAGCUACUGGAUGAACUCCUCAAAAAAAAGACCCAAGGGCAGAAGCUGAAGAAGGGCCAGGACCAGCUGGGCAAUUCCCAGGAAGGCGUGGACGAAGUGGAGCAAGCCUCUAUUAUGGCGCACCAGGAGGCACUGAGAAAGGCGACGCACCUCAGGCAGCGAAAGAUCUCCACCGAACUCAAGGUGGAGACGCUGCAGAAGCAGCUGCGCAAGCCGAGCAAGAAGUCCCAGCCCAAGGCCAUCCCGGAGCUCCCGGAGGGGAGAGAGAUAGUCGAGGAGCAGCUGGUCGAGCUCACCGAGAAGCUCCGUCGGCUCGAGGGGAACCUCGGACAGACCGAGCGGGAAGCCCUCAAGGUCCGCCGGGAGUGGGACAAGAGGAUGGAAGAGGUGUACCAGCACCUGUUCGACGACAAGCAGCUGCUUCCUGAGGCCUUCCGAGAGCCGUGGACGCAGGACGGCACACCCCGCAUCCUCGUGUCCAAGACGCAGGACUCGGGCCGGUCUGGGGGCUCGCUCAGGGUGCGCGCCGCCAAGUUCAUCCCGUCGCCCAAAGCCAAGAAGAAGGACAACGAGGGACACAACGGCUCCAUGAAGAAGUCCGCCUCCAACCAUUCCCUGAAUGGAUCUUCCAAGACGGGCGACGACUCCGACGACAGGAGUUCCGACUCCAAGGAGAUGGACGACUCUCGGGCAGCUGCCAAGAGCCGCCGCAGUCCGCUGCGAAUCAUCGGCGACUUCCUGGAUUCUCACCGAGGACGCUUCGGCAGCACGCACCGCAAGGCCAAGUCGGGCGAGCCCUUGAGCCUGAGCCACGAGCCAUCCGAGCACCGGCGCCGCAAGGGCGGCGCGCAGCCACCCGGCUGCGAGGAGCCGGUCGGUACCUCCCCUCCGGCAGGACCCGAAGAGGGGGACGACCACUCCUGGCCCGAACAGCCCCCAGAGCCCGAACCGCCGCCCAAGGACGUUCAGAUCUUGCAGGCGCCAGAGGAGGUGCCACCAGCCUCCCUGGACAGCGGCGGAGACAGCUACGGCUCAGAAGACGCGCACAGCCUGGACAGUGGAGGGGCUCUGGUCGUCGAUCCGGUCGAAGCACCCCUGCGCUACGAGGUCGACCCAGACAUCCUGGCGGAGAUCGAGGCGUUCGAGCAAAUGGCUCAGGAUUACCUGAAGCGGCACGGUCAAGACUUCCCUUUCUGAAGAGCUCUCGCAUCUGUACAUACACACAUCAUUUGCACCCUCACACAAGCUACGCUGCCCGGAAAAACGCAAAAUGCUGAAUGAUUUCUUGACCCACGCGCGCAAGACCUGCAGGAGCCGAGUCACAUCUUUGAUAUUGGAAUUCCGCCGCGCACUGGCCCAAACGGGAGGCGAAAGAAACAUUAAAGCAUAAUUAUCUACCUA